GUUUGAGACCAAAAUACGUUUGCAUGGUUGUUUCACUGGACUCUUACUGAAAGACAUGGGCAACACUCAGGUCCAGGUAAGUUGGAUGGGUUCAUUGUGAUUAUUAACAUUUCUAACCAGCAUUAGGUUGUGUUAUGACAAAGGAAGGGUGAUGAUUAAUGCUUGAUUAAAACUGACUGCCUGUCAAACCCCCCUGAACCUCAUCCAGCCUCCAGAGGAGGUCUUCUGCGACCUGGACACACAUCAGGCCUUGCAGACUUCGGUGCAGCUUUACGUGAUGCCGUCCUUCUUCUUGGCAGUGCUGAUCCUCGGUUUGCCCCUCAACCUGCUCUCUCUCUGGGCUUUCCUCCAUCGUUUGCGGCGCUGGACCCGCAGCACGGUCUUCCUCUUCAACCUGACCCUGGCCGACACCUUCUGGCUUCUGGCCUUGCCUCUCCACCUACUACCAUCUAAACCACCUGUACUGGAGGAUGGGGCUGCCGCUGUGUGUGGCUGUGAGGAUGCUCUACCACUACUACUUCUACCUCAGCAUCUUCUUUGUCACCUGCGUCAGCGUGGACCGAUACCUGGCCAUUGUUCACCCCCUGCGCUCUCUGGUGCUGCGGGGCCGGAGGAUGACCUGCCUGUUGUGUGCGGCCGUGUGGGUGAGCGCUCUGGUUCUCAGCACACCUGUUGCCUCUCUGACUCAGAUUCAGACUUGCCCCGGGAGCAACCGCACCAUCUGCAGCCUGUACGUAUUACUGACUGAUACCAGGGGGAGCCUCCCCUUCUCCCUUCUCUGCUGCGCCAUCGGUUUCUCUUUCCCGCUGCUCUCCAUCUGCUACCUCGGCCUGCGCAGCGUCAGAGAACUGCGCCGGAGCCCCUUUUGCCCCGGCCGCUACAACAAACGACGGCGGCUGCUGAGCGCCACGCUGCUUCUCUUUGUCCUGGUUUACCUGCCCUACCACCUGUGCCGCAGCGCCGCCAUCGUAAUGCGGGCAGUCUACUCUGACAACACUGACUCAUGGCGAAUUCCAGACCUGGCCUUUUCCCUGACCCAGGUGGAGGCGGUCACACCUGUGUGCUCACUGCCGCAGCCUCCACCGAGAUCCUAACGAGGUGAUGAAAAAUGUUCUUUGUCCAAUAUUCUGUUUGUACCAAACAUCAUUAAACUGCAUAGAAAGGUGUUUGCAUUUAUCUGAUUUAACAAAGAAAAGCCAACGUUUUAGUGCUUCCAGUCUCCUUGAUCUGAGCGCCGAUAACGGUCUUUUUACACAAUACUGCCUCUUCGUGGUUGACUGCAUAUCUACUACUUUGCCGUCAUUUUCCACAUCCGCCGACAGCAGGUCUUCAUACAUUAGUUAAAAACGAACGCCGCUGUUUC